AUGGCAAAAGAGACAACUGGUUCCUCUAUAUCUGCUACUUCCCCUUUGGUGGGGCCCAAUUCUGAGUCCAUCACUGGACUGGAGACCACUGAAAUGGCAUCUCCACCUGGGGUCCCUUCUGUGACAUCAUAUCCGACAGAACUAACAAGCAAGGGUGGGGCUCUCCCUGUGGUGAUCAUCACCUCCAGCCCCAGGGGAGCAAGGUCAGUUUCAACCAUAAUGACUAGCCCAGAGAGGAAGUCCAGGGCCACAGGCAGCACCCAAGCACCAGGGACCUCUCCAUGGACUGUCACAGACACAGCUGUCCAGUCACAUGUCACUGGUUUGCCCAAAGUCAGUUCUACAGGGAGGACACUUUCCUCCUCAGCAGUGGCUACUGGAACAGCUGAACAACAAACAAGUGUAUCUGUGGGUGCGGCUUAUUCAUCUGCUAUCACACGGUCAGACAAGACAACUGGGAGUGAUCUGAUUCAUGGUGCAUCUCUAGAAGCCACAGACACAUUGCAUCUCACCUCCAGAGAACAAACCACAUCGGCAACUCUGACCUUUAAAAGCCAAGCCAUCACCAGCCCUACCAAUGAUGCUUCAGGAGGAAAAAUGAACUCUUCACCAUCUGGUGUAUUUCCUUCAAUGGGGUCUAAGACGCUGGUGGCCGUCACAAGUGUAAUGACUAGUGAGGCUGCCUCUAUGACUGAGCAACUGUCACAGACCUCAUUUCCUGCAGAAGCAAGCAUGAUGAGUACGACCACAGCCCCCCCUCCACGUGUCAUCACCACUAUCACCACUAUGGGAACCAACCCAGUCCUGACUACCACGUCCAACCCAGAGAGGAGAGAGAGCACCAUGGACAGCACCCUGGCUACAGAGACCAGCACAUCUGCCAUGGAGCAUCCUUCCACCUGGUCAUCCACAACUGCUUCUGCCCCAACAUCAGGCUCCUGGGCUAUGAAAGACAUAACUUCAAUUUUGAAAGUCACAGGUUCUCCCAAAACAACUUCUGCAAUGGGCACAACUUCAUCCUUAGCAUUAAGCACGGAAUCAGGCUCUUUAUCUACUCCCCAUGGCAUUAUGACUGUUACUGGAACCAGCCCAGCCAGCCCAUCUUCUCAUGCUUCAGCUGAGGAUAUGAGGUCCACAAAUAUGAGAACAUUGAUUCCUUCAGACACAACUGCAUCUAUGCCCAUUUCAACUUCUGGUAUCGAGAAGAUGAACACCUCACUUCCUGACAUUGUAGACACAAGUUGGACUACCAGUAAAAGAAAUACGGAAGUUCUGCCUGAUUCAAUGGCUUUCACUGACCAUCCAAAUACAAACACUGACCCCAAUAUCCUCCUAUCCGUUUCACUGCCUGAUUCUCUGCCCACACAUGACUGGACUACUGGGAAACCUGUGUCACCAGCCACAACCACUACCUCCACUCCUCAAGGGGACACAACUCAAAAAUUCAAUGUAAUGAACACGAUCAGACCAACUACCUCAUACAUACCAUUCUUUACAAGGGGAACAGGUAUAGCCCCUUCGCUAGGUUACACUCCUACAAAUGAAGAGAGAAGAACAGAGAAAUACACCAAUGACAAAAUAUCUACCCCAACACUUCCUCAGUCCAUGAGGUCAUCAGAUACCACCAGGGGCCGUAUAAUGAAAGUUGUGACAAAUGGUGAAAAACUAACCAUGAGUGAACAGAAUGGUACUACUAGGACUACAUCUGAGGGCACACUAGCCUUGGGUACCUCAGCCAUAGCAUCAAGGGCAGAGAUGCACUCGGCUGCGACUCAGGGUUCUAGACACUCAGAGACGACCACUAGCAUGGACAGACAUUCAGAGGAUAUGUCACACCCAAGCCCUUCCUCUGAGCAGGACAUCAGCUCUCCAUCUUCCCUGGUGCCUUUAUCUUCCAUGACCUCAUCCUCUACAGUGUCCCCCACACUGCCAACUAGUAAUCCUCCUUCUCUUGCACCUGUCACAUCACCUCUCACCCAUGGCCUGCUGAGAACCCACAGCACUUGGGACACAAGCUUGGAAGGUGCGAUCAGUUCACCCUCAGGUCUGAGUAAAACCUCAGUAGAUAUUCAGGCCUCAUCUGAAGACUCUACUGAUACAGAGGCCACUCAACUUCCCCAAAACACAGCAGUGCCCUACGUAGGGACCCUCAGUUCUGCAUGGGAAUCUAACCCCUUGGCCCCAGCAGGCUUACAGCCAGCCACGGGCACAUCUCAAGUCAAGACCUCCUCCAUUGGUGGGGAUGCCAUGGCUUCCACAAAAGGGUCGGGCCUCUCUGGAACCACGGAGACUGAGACACCAUCAAAGAUGUCCCUGGCCCUGGACCCAUGGGAAACCAACACGUUCCAGCACACCAGCUCAGCCACGGAGGAAAUCACUGUCCCUUCCAAGGUGUCCACUGGUACUAAUACUGAGGCCACCAGGACAGACGUCAUGUUCUUUAGCAGGGCAUCCACCCCGGGCCCUGUUCAGCACACAAUGUCACCAGACUUCCCCACAGAAUUCCACACCAGGCUCUCUCUUUCCCCCGUCAUGACAGAAUCUGAACCUAUAACCAUGGACACUAUAAACAUUCCCUUAGAGACUAUACCGCAAGGAACCUUAGUCUGGGAUAUAUCAGCCACAGCAUCAGGGGCACAGACACACUCAGCCAUGACUCAGGGUUCUCCACGACCAGAGAUGACCACUAGCGGGGACAGAGGUCCUGAAGAUGAGUCACCCGCCAGCUCUUACUCUGAGCAGGACAUCAGCUCUCCAUCUUCCCAGGUGCCUUCUUUACAAGUUAUGUCCUUGACUUCUGCAGUAUCCCCCACACUGCCAGCCAGUAGUUUUUUUCCUUCAGACUCUGUCACCGCACCUCUCACCACUGGCCAGCCGAGGACCCACAUCACAUGGGGUACAAGCUCAGAAGGUGUGAACAGUUCACCCUCAGGUCUGAGUCAGGCCUCACUCGAUGUAUGGGCCCCAUCUGAAGUCUCUACCACUACAGAAGCUAUUCACCCUUCUGAAAACACAGCAGUGACCCACAUGGGGACCCUCAGUACUGCAUGGGAAGCC